AUGAAUCUAAUAUUAAUUUGCAUACUAUUGAUCAAUAUAUCAACAAAAGAAUACAGAUUGAAAAUUUAGAAAGUUUAAACGGAAAGAAAUUCAAAAAAUCAUCUAAUUUAUUCAAAUAUGGAUAAGAAUAAAUAAAAAGCAAGACCUGAUGAUUCUAAAUAAUAUUUAGAUGAUUAUACUUUAACAGUAGCAUAAAUUUUAAUUUUACCAGAUUUCAUUAACUUUGGGUUCAGAAUAAAUAUAAUAGUCAAUUGAUACUACAUCUUAUAUUACUUGGGUAUUUAGCAAAAAUCCAGAAGAUAAAAAAUGCGAUAGAUGUCCCGUUGAUGCUAAAAUUUUCAAGUGUGAGUAAAGUUGCUCUUAUCAAACUAAUAAAGAAGAUGAUAACAAUAUUGCCUUAUCUACUUAGAAUACAUAUGGAGGAAGAGUUAAAAUAAAUGGAUUAUAUGCAAUUUAAGUAAAAUUUUAAGAUAAUAAUAAGGAUUCUCUUCAAAUCAUGGGAUUGACAGUUAAAAAUGUAGGUCUUGGAUUAAUUUAUAAAUAUAAUACUGAAUAUAGUAGUACAUCUAAUAAUGGAGUUGUGGGAUUAGCUUAUGGAUAAAAUUAUGUAAAUUACAAAAAAGAAAAGAAUGCCCAAGUUGGACAGUUUCACUUUGAUUCUGCUUCAGAACCAUAAUAAAGUAUACUCUAACAGUAAAAUUAUAAGUAUUGACAUUAGAAUCCAUAAUUAAUUGCCUAAUAUUCCAUAGUCAACUUUUGCUAUUAAAUUAGAAGAUUCAUUACAAUUACUUAUUUUGGGUGAAAAAUAAGAGUAUUUUGCAUAAUCUAAAUUUGAGAAAUUUCCAAAUAUCGGCAAGUAUGUCUGGGCAUUAAAAACAAAUAAAUUAUAUUUAGGAAAGGAAUCUGUUUUUUAAAGUAUUUAUUUACAUCAUAUUUAGCUGGGGGAACUGCAAUCUUUGAUAGCACUACUAGAUUUAUAUGGGCGGAAAAGACUUUAAUAAAAAAUUUUUAAGAAAAACUAAAAAAGUUACAUCUUGUAAUUAUUUUAUUUAAAUUAGGAUUGUGUUGUAAGCGAGGAUAUCAUCAAUUGUUAAUGCAAUGAUGAACAAUAUGAAAAAUUUAAUGAUAUUUAUUUUACUUUUAAUCUUAGUAAUAAUAAAUUCAGAUUAUCCAAAUCCGAUUAUAUCCAUAGGGAAGGAUAAAAAUGCUAUUUGUUGAUUAGAUAGUUGUAAGAGAGCAAUCCUUUAACUUAAUAAUAAUAAGAAAAACCAAUUCUCAUUAUACCUUUUACGUUUUUCAAGUAAAGAAUUAUAAUAAGUAGAAAUAAUUAUGUUGUAUUUGAUCAAGAUGAAAAUGCAAUAAAUGUUUCUCCAUCAUUUGAAGUUAAAGCUGAUUCAAUAAAUUUAAAUAAUAAUACGCUCAUUAUUACUGUUAUUAUUGGAUUUAUAUUUUUAAUCUUAACAUUAUUUAUUUUAACUAGUGUGAUGCAGUAAUAUAUUUGAUAUUUUUAGAUAUGCAACAUAUGAUAAUUAUACAAAUUAGUCAUAAAAUUAACCUUAAAUUUAUUAAUAAUAAUAUUAAUCACCUGCUUAAUAAUAAUAAUAAAUGAAAUAAUAACCAUAUCUUUUCAGUCCAAAUCAAUUUAAUUAAGUGAGAGUUAAUCCUGUGGCUAAUAUACCAGGAUAAUAUAGAUUUUGA